CGUGAAUAUACGUGAUUUUGUGAGAGUUUGUUUCCAAGAUGUCUGCGCCCUUAGCACUCCGAGGCUCGGAGGGAAUAUCUAUGAUUAAUGGACCACCACAGCUUGGUUCUGCCCCUUCAUUUGUUGGAGAUGACAACAACAACUGCAGGUCUAUGUGUUUUAGUCAAGAUGGUUCCUUGUUUGCCUGGUGCAAUCCAGAAAGUGUGCACAUUGUGGACACUUCAACCCAUCAAAGUCUCCACGUAAUAGACAAUCCAAAGGUAUCUCAGAUGAAAUUUUCUUCUCAGGGUAAUAUCUUAGCAACAUGGACUCCAUAUACUGUGGAUCAAAACACUAAAGCUGGACGUCCAAAUUUAUUCCUGUGGGAUGUUAAGACAGGAGAACAGGCCAAAGCAUUUAUUCAGAAGAAACAAAUGAACUGGUGUCCUCAGUGGAGUCAGGAUGACACAGUCUGUGGUAGAAAUGUCAACAACGAGCUACAGUUCUAUGAAGACAACAAGUUUGACGCCAUCAAAAACAAGCUACAUCUUCAGAAGGUCUCCGAGUACAGCAUUGCCCUGUGUCCCAAACCCUACAUGGUAGCAGCAUAUGUUCCUGGAAGCAAGGGUCAGCCGUCCUAUGUGCGAGUCUACCGAUAUCCUAAUUUCGGUGGUCAGACAGCAGCUAUAGCAAACAAGAGUUUCUUCAAGGCAGAACGGGUAGCUCUCUGUUGGAACAAAGCAGGUACCGGUCUAUUGAUCCUGACGUCCACGGAAUCCUCUGACUCUUCCUAUUACGGAGAACAAGGUCUGCACUUCAUUGGAACGAACGGGGACAGUUGUCUCGUUCCACUGGCAAAGAAUGGGCCAAUCUACAGCAUGGACUGGCAUCCUGGCUGUCAGGAAUUCUGUGUUGUGUAUGGAUACAUGCCAUCAAAGACCACAGUGUACAACCUCAAGUGUGAGCCACUGUUUGACUUCGGAACGGGUCCCAGGAAUCUCAACUGGUACAACAGUCACGGAAACAUCCUUUGCCUUGCUGGGUUUGGGAAUCUGAGUGGCAAUUUGGAAUUCUGGGAUAUGAAGCAAAAGAAGCUGAUUUGUCAGACAAAAGCUCCCGAUUCGACAGCCUUUAUGUGGCACCCUGACGGGGAACACUUCGUCACGGCAACCUGUUCUCCACGGUUACGAGUGGGAAACUGUUACAAGAUCUGGCACUACACAGGAACCACUCUGUCUCACGUCCCCACAACCCAAGGCAAGGAAUUGUGGGAAGUGUGUUGGCAGCCGGUGCCACCUGGUUUCUACCCCGAGAAGCCGAUCCGGUAUAAACCGGUUGAGGGUGCAGAAGGAGUGCAGCAGCCUAUGGGUAAAGUGGCUGCCUACCGUCCUCCCGGUCUACGUGACAGGCCAGCAAGCCGACCACUAGACGAGUUAGAGCCAGCGUCCAACAUGAAACCGGUUGAUCCAGACAAGCCUUUGACUAAGAACCAGAAAAAGAGAGCUGCAAAGAAAGCCAAAGCUACAUGUAAUGAUGAGAAGGACACUCCGGUAAUGGCUGCUGCUCCACCAGAACCAGAGCACCCAGCUACUCGCUCUCUGUCCGACGAUGUCCUGGUUAAUGCAGACCCAGAGACACUGAAGAAGAUUAAGAAUGUGAAAAAGAAGCUCCAACAAAUAGAGAAGUUAAAAGCGCAACAAAAGUCAGGAAAGCAGUUGGAAUUAAAUCAGAUGGAGAAGUUGAAGACGGAGUCGGUCUUGUUGAAGGAGCUGGAGGAGCUGUCUAUAGGUUGAUGUGCUGGAUGUUCUCACACCAGGAUGUCAAGUCUGUCUAGUCUAUAGUUUGAUCAAUGUAUUCAUACAGAAGACCAGGAAGAUUUCACUUGAUGUGCUGGUCAAUUUUUGAUACCAGGAACUGUUAGUAUCUCUAUGCUUGAGACCCAGGAAUUAUUUAAGUUUAAUGAUGUACUCAGACCAGCUUGAUCAUGUUCCCUAUGUUUGAGACCAGAAAUGUUUGCAUUGAUGAUGUACUGCAGGUGCUGAUUCGAGGAUUUUUGAUAUGUUUGUCAGACCUGAAUUUCAAGUUUUUCUGUAGAUUGAUUUCAUUCCCCAUUUUUGAGACCAGAAACGUUUGUAUUCAUGAUGUACUGCAGGUCCUAAAUUUGAGGAUUUGGGGUAUAUUUGUCAGUCCAGAAAUUCAGGUUUCUCUAUAGAAUGAUUUCAUUCUCCAUGCUUGAGACCAGACAUCUUUACAUAGAUGAUGUACUGGAGGCAAUGAAUUUGAGGAUUUUGGGGUACAUUGUCAGACCAGAAAUUCCAAGUUUUUCUAUAGAAUGAUUUCAUUCCCCAUUCUUGAGACCAGAUAAGUUUAUAUAGAUGAUGUACUGGAGGCAAUGAAUUGAGGAUUUGGGAUACAUUUGUCAAGAUUAAAAAAUCAAGUUUUUCUGUCAUUUUUAUAUGUAACUUAAUGAUGUGCUGCACAUUCUGCAACAAGGAAUUUGAGUUUUUAUAUUUAACUUGAUCAGGAAUUUGACUUUGUGGAGAAUUAACUGAACAUCAACAGCUAAUCAUGUUUACUAGUACAUCUUAUUCUCCAGGUUAAUGUAUAAUGCACAGAAACUAUGAGUUUGUGUUUUGCUCAGGACCUUGUGUUAAAUUGUUAACAUUAAAGGUGUCAUGUACACUCAUACAUUUUGCAGAGAUGUUUUUUUUUUUUGGGGGGGGGGUUUCCCCUUUCUUUUUUUCAUAGUAUAAAAUAAUUUUCACAAAGUACAUUAGAUUUGAUUUAAUCUGAAAUUUUAUUUCUAUAAUUCUCUUAGCAUUUCAACUGAUUUUAGUACUAAGGGAAAAAUAACACAUGGACCAACUUGUUAAAAAGGCAACCCAAUGGAAAUGUUUUUGAAAAGCCAGAAGAAAAGAAAAAGAUACUUAGGGGAGAUGGGUUCGUGUGUCCUUGCAUCUGCCUCUGGUUUUGCUACCAUUUUCUCUUUUGAUUAAAAAAUGAAGCAGGUUUCCUCUGAUGACUACGAGUCAGAAUUACGAAAUGUUUAACAUCCAAUAGCCGAUGAUUAAUUAAUCAGUAUGCUCCAGUGGUGUCGUUAAACAAAACAAACAAACAUUCGAUCCCGAGAGGACAUUAGUGUUAAACAGUUGAAUUUAAGAUUAAAAUUCUGUUAAUGUUUGUUGCUCACUUUUAAAUUUUAUUGUUCAUUCUUGAUCAUAGUAGAUUAAUAAGAUUAACAAUGUAAA